GAGGUGGACUGUGUUGGGCUUUAGGGGGCAGUAGAGCUCCACAACAAGCUGAAGAACACACAGCCUGAGAAAUGGCUAGAGUUAGCAAACAAUUCUAAUUUGCACACCCAGCAGACACACAACAACCCUGGCACUGAUUAGGAGUCUUGUUUUGUCCACCCAACCAAGCCAAAAUAAUAAAAUGCUGACUUUUCAAAGUGCCAUCAGUUUGCCUGUCUCAGCAUAGCAGCCCUGACGCCUGACACAAGAGAGACAGGGGAGUGAGAGAAAGAGAGAGAGAGAGAGAGGAGGAGGGGGAGGAAAAAAAAGAGAAACAACUUUCUCUGGUUUCGAGCUGCAGGCUCUGCCUCGCCGAGGGGCUUCAGCACUGUGCUUCUGUGAAGUGCCCUCUCACCCAGGGGUGUGUAGCAGUGUGUGUGAGUGUGUGUUUGUGUGUGUGUGUAUGUGAGUCGCAGCCUCAGGAGCCAUGUCAGACCCCAAAGACAUCGAUGUGGAUGCCAUCCUCAAGGCCCUCAGCCCGGAGGAACUGGAUCAGCUGGAUUAUGAGCUGCAGGAGAUGGACCCAGAGAAUGCCUUGCUGCCAGCUGGCUUACGGCAGCGUGACCAGACAAAGAAGAGCCCAACGGGGCCUUUUGAUCGUGAUGCCCUGAUGCAGCACUUGGAGAAGCAGGCUCUGGCGCACCCGGACAGGGAAGACCUGGUGCCCUUCACUGGGGAGAAGAAAGGAAAGGCCUUUGUGCCUAAGAAAGCACCCGAGAUCCCCAAGCAUGAGCAGGUGUUGCUGGAGCCGGAGCUGGAGGAGGCUCUGAAAAACGCAACCGAUGCUGAGAUGUGUGAUAUUGCAGCUAUCCUUGGAAUGUACACGCUGAUGAGCAACAAGCAGUACUACGAUGCUCUGGGCCUCACAGGAAAGAUUGCCAACACAGAGGGCAUCAAUAGUGUUGUGCAACCAGAUCCAUUCAAGAUCUUUCCCGAAGAGCCGCCCAAUCCCACCAAGGUGGAGGAAACCCUGGAGAGAAUCCACAAUAAUGACAGUAGCCUGACAGAAGUCAACCUCAACAACAUCAAGGACAUUCCCAUCCCAACGCUGAAAGAAAUAUUUGAGGCGAUGAAGGGAAACUCUCAUGUGGAGUCUCUGAGCAUUGCAGCGACCCGUAGCAACGACCCUGUGGCCUGCGCAUGCGCUGAGAUGCUGAAGGAAAACACCAGCUUGCAGAGUCUUAAUGUUGAGUCCAACUUUAUCACUUCAGAUGGCAUGAUGGCAAUCAUCAAAGCUAUGGCCAACAAUGCCACACUGGUGGAGCUCAAGAUCGACAACCAGACCUUGGGCGACUCGGUUGAGAUGGAGAUUGCCUCCAUGUUGGAGAACAACUCCAGCAUCCUCAAGUUCGGUUACCACUUCACCCAGCAGGGUCCCCGCGCCAGAGCUGCCAUGGCCAUCACACGAAACAACGACAUGAUUCGCCGGCAGAGAUUAAGAUGAAAGUGACAAGGAGCAAAUAGAAGAACAAGCACUUCAGCCACUUGGAGCCUGCAGUGACUGCCAUCGACAGCCUUGUGCCAGCUUUGUCAGUGUGGUGCACCACAGCUGAAUGGAAUCAGACUGGGUCAGAGUGCAUCCACUAACCUAACAUCCAUGUCCAGCCAUUUCAUUUCAUUUAACGCAGCCAGCUUUUUGUAGACUGCUCAAUUCAUCAUAAAAGCAUGUAUAGGUCACAAGCAAAAUGUGGUGUCUUUUUCUUUUGUGCUUUUAGUUUCGGCAUUUCCAACAUCAUCCCGAACACAAGGUUAACUCUUCAUUC